UUUACUAUAUUUUAAAACGGGACGGGAGAGUGUAUAAGUAAAAAGGGAGUAUAAAUAGCAAAUAUCCACUUCCCUCUCACUUCCAUUCCUCCGCCGCGCCUUCACCGUCGUCCACUCCAUUUCCGCCUGUGGAUAUAUAUAUUGUAUCUGGAAGUGGGUGCUAUCAUCUUUAAACCAGAAGAAUGGCUUCAUUUGUUUCUACCGAUUGUAUCCUUCCUAAUCACCAGUCUAGGCUUGGAUUUGUACAUGACCGAGACCCUUUGUGUGGUGGUAGUAGCAUCUUACAUCUUCAAAAUGCUCCUAAAAGCUCAAGGUCUCUCUCGUUUCUGCUUUCUGUGAGAGCUUCAGAAAAUAAGCCACAUGUUGCUGUUCAGAGCAACGGUCGGUCAUCUUUUUCACAGACAGCUGCUGUGAGGCAUCUGACAGGUUCUGUUACCAGAACCCAGGGACUUCGUUUUGGUGUGGUUGUUGCACGAUUUAAUGAAAUAGUUACCAGGCCGCUCUUGAAGGGAGCUUUGGGUACUCUCAAGAAUUAUUCAGUUCAAGAUGAGGACAUUGAUGUUGUGUGGGUACCUGGUUGUUUUGAAAUUGGUGUUGUUGCAAGAAGACUAGGAAAAUCAGGCAAAUAUCAUGCAAUCAUAUGCAUAGGAGCUGUGAUACGAGGAGACACAACCCAUUAUGAUGCAGUUGCUAAUUCAGCAGCAUCUGGAGUGCUUUCAGCCAGUCUAGACUCAGGUGUUCCAUGCAUAUUUGGUGUCCUUACAUGUGAAGAUAUGGAUCAGGCUCUAAAUCGAGCUGGUGGCAAGUCUGGGAAUAAGGGUGCUGAGGCUGCAUUGACUGCUAUUGAGAUGGCAUCUUUGUGCGAGCACGAUCUGAAGUAGUCGGUGUUUUUAAUUUAACCAAUCUUAUAGAGCUUUUGUUGGAACGGCAUGUUAUUCCCGAUUUCAUCUCCAGACUGCUUUUGUUGUAAUUCAAAAUAUAGUCUUAUUAUAUGUUCUCAAACUAGUAAGUCUGUGUUUGGAUAUUUAAUGGUAAGUGGUAUAAAAUGGAAUGGAAUGUGACAAAAUGGAAUAAAAUAAAAUGUCAUUCCAUUCUUUAGA